AAGACAUAUUUUUGACAAGCAAGCAAGAGUUUCAGAGACAGACCAAAAAGGUAGCCUACUUGUGAACUGUGCUCAAAAUGAGAGUUCCUGUGAAACUCCUCGGCUUCGGCUUUUGGUUGCUUUCCUUAAAUUUUGCUCAAUGUAAAGAAAUAACCUGUGAGCUGAAGUCAACCACAAUUGGAGUAAAAAAGAUCAACCCAGAUGGAAAGAUUAUUUUCAGAGCUCGAGAAAGUGUGGAGAUCACCUGCUCUGAAAAACACUGGAUCUUUUUUACUAAAGAAUCCAGAAAAACAUUUACAUGCAAAGCUGAUGGAAAGUGGGACAAUGAGCCUGUUUGUGCAGAGAUUACAUGUGAUGAUCCACGUGACCAGCUUGUGUCUAGACCAUACUACUGGAGAACAAUGAAAUUAGGAGAAAAACAAUCUUACACUUGUGUGAAUGGUUAUCGUGGAACAGAAGCAGAGGCCACAUGUACACGAGACGGAUGGACACCAAAACCACUGUGUACUGAAAUUCUCUGUGACGUACCAAAAAUAAAAAAUGCAGAGAUCGUGGGACGUCAGAGACCAAACUAUAGAAUCAAUUCAAAAGAAGAAUACAGAUGUCUUUCUGGAUUUAAACCGGAGAAGCCUGUACAAAUCACCUGUGAUUCCCAGGGCCAGUGGAAAGACAUACAGCAAUGCAUUGAAAUAACCUGUGAGCUGAAGUCAACCACAAUUGGAGUAAAAAAGAUCAACCCAGAUGGAAAGAUUAUUUUCAGAGCUCGAGAAAGUGUGGAGAUCACCUGCUCUGAAAAACACUGGAUCUUUUUUACUAAAGAAUCCAGAAAAACAUUUACAUGCAAAGCUGAUGGAAAGUGGGACAAUGAGCCUGUUUGUGCAGAGAUUACAUGUGAUGAUCCACGUGACCAGCUUGUGUCUAGACCAUACUACUGGAGAACAAUGAAAUUCGGAGAAAAACAAUCUUACACUUGUGUGAAUGGUUAUCGUGGAACAGAAGCAGAAGCCACAUGUACACGAGACGGAUGGACACCAAAACCACUGUGUACUGAAAUUCUCUGUGACGUACCAAAAAUAAAAAAUGCAGAGAUUGUGGGACGUCAGAGACCAAACUAUAGAAUCAAUUCAAAAGAAGAAUACAGAUGUCUUUCUGGAUUUAAACCGGAGAAGCCUGUACAAAUCACCUGUGAUUCCCAGGGCCAGUGGAAAGACAUACAGCAAUGCAUUGAAAUUAUGUGCGACCUACCAAAAAUCACAAAUGCAGAGAUUAUGAGAAGUCAAGAAUCAAACUACAAAAUCAGUUCAAAAGUAGAAUAUAAAUGUCGCUCUGGAUUUGAACCAGAAAAGCCUGUACAAAUCACCUGUGAUUCCCAGGGCCAGUGGAGAGGCAUAAAGCAAUGCACUGAAAUUAUGUGUGAUCUACCGAAAAUCCUAAAUGCUGAGAUUUUGGGAAGUCAAAAAUCUAAUUUCAAAAUCAAUUCAACAACAAAAUAUAAAUGUCGCUCUGGAAUUGAUGCCGAGAAGCCAAUACAAAUCACCUGUGAUUCCCAGGGCCAGUGGACAGGCAUUCAGCAAUGCACUGAGAAAUGCGGACCCCCACCAGAGAUCAGCAAUGCAGAUACAAAAGAAAUGACAAACAAAGAUUAUAAUACAACGGAGAAAGUUGAAUACAAAUGCUUUGAUAAAUACACAAUGAAUCUGAGUCCCCCCUUCUCCAAAUACUUGACCUGUGUAAAAGGCGAAUGGAAAGGGGACAUUUAUUGUUUCAAGCCCUGUAUAGUGACAGUGGAGGAAAUGGAUAAAAGAGGGAUAAGAAUGCGGUGGAAGGCAAAUGAAAAGAUGAUCAUACCACAUAAUGAUGCCAUCGACUUUCUAUGUAAGAGCGGCAAAGAAUUUCGAUCAACAUGUAAAGAUGGAGUGAUGCUUUUGCCAGAGUGUGGGGAAUAAAACAUUGAUGAAGCAUUAGUUGAACUGCUAAGCAAAAACAAAUGGAGCAUACAAAAUAAAAUAAAAAUUUCCUC